AUGAGGCAAUCACUCAUACGCGCCACAAAGGCAACAAAACUUCCACUAGCUUCAAUCCAGAAGGAGCUCGACUUGAUAAAUCAGAAUCUUCCCAAACCUAGAUGGGUUGUUCGCUCUCACGAAUCAGAUCAGGGCUCUGGUACUGAAAUCGAAGGUAACUACACAUUGAAGACAUUUGCAAAGACAUGGGAAUUUCUAAAUACUGCGGCUAUGCAUGCCCAGAAGGCUAGACACCAUCCCACUAUUACUACCACUUACAAUCGCAUAAAGUUCACCAUUACUACCCAUGAUGUUGGUAACCAGAUCACUAAUAAGGACAUCAGAUUGGCACAGGCCAUUGAGUCGUCGUAUUCCACGAAUUUCGCUGACAUUGGCCGGGUGGCGCAGGUGAAACGACCAGAAUCUUCCUUGAAGGAGGCUUCCAAGAUCAUCAAUGACUUGACCAAGAAGUAG